UCUUCGAAUUUAUUGCUGUGUGUACGAGUGUCGAAUCCAAGUAUGGCACUUCAUAAACUAUUUCAGCUGUCGACCCUGCUCCGAUCUACUGUGUCAUUGACAUUGCGCAGGAAUGUUGGCCUAUCUGCAGUCCUUUUCAACAAGGCCAAGAACCUGGACCCUAUCCAGCAACUCUUUCUAGACAAGAUCCACGAUUACGCCACCAAGAGCAAGGCUGCACCAGGUGGGAUUGUUGAUGCAGGCCCCUCCUACAAAAAGGGUGUAGCAGAGGAGAUCACCAAACUGCAGCGGUUAUACGGGACUGGUGAUCUCACAAAAUUCCCUGAGUUCAAAUUCACAGAGCCCCAGCUGCAGGAAGUUGCCAAGUAAACACUGCCUGCAAUGACGCUCUCUCUGUCCUACGUCUUCAUAAUGUACUAUAUAUAAUAAAUAUCAUUGAAUU